UCAUAAUGACAGAAAGCCAUCCUCGCUGAGGAGCGGACCGAAAGCUACACAACAUGGCACGGCUGCGGCCAGCCCGGGACCCGCCUCGCCCUCACGGGCCGCUCUGCUCCUCGCUGGGGGUUUUGCACCCGCUCGGUCAUUUCCCCCGUCUCCUUUUCCUUAGCGUCGCUACUUCCAUGAGGAUAUAUUUUCUCGUUUAGGCAAUUUUCCAAAACAAUUUCACCUUUGGUCUAGAUGAAAACCUGGAAAAUGUCGCUAAAAGUAUUAAUGAUAAUAAAAAUGUUGGAAGCUAUGGGGAGGGUCAGCUCAAUGCAAGUGCCAACACAGUGGAGGUGGCAGAUGUGCAGAUGCACGUCAGGACAGUGGCUGUGCCACCUUGGAUCAUCUUAAGCUGCUUGUGAAACUGCUGGCUUAGGCAGAAGUCCCCUCUCCACCAGAUCUUAACCAUCCAGAAAUUAGACCUCCUCUUUCAGAAACUAAAAAGAGAAGAUGCAGGCCAGCAGAUCUUAUUCAUGAAAAAUUCCCCAAACCCUUCUAGUCAGUGGGAGUUUCACACCAAGAAAGGCCACGAGAUGAGUGCACAUGCAAUGGCGAAAGUACAUCCCUGCUUGAAGAUUUUGAGAACAUCUUGAGAAGUAACAGCUGCUGGUAUGAAGUUUGGCUGCUGGGAGCUGCAUCUGUAUGCAGCAGCAUGUUCCUGUACCGCUGCCUGAGUUAGCCCAUGUCUUCAUCCAGAAACAGCACACUGAUGGAUGCCAGCAUGAUGGCUUCGUUUCCUGUCCUGAAGCAAGAGACGUUGUUCCGGAAUGGUACGUGGAGCUACCGAAUUCCAGCCCUGCUCUACCUGCCGCGUUUCAGCAUCAUCCUGGCAUUUGCUGAGGAACGAGAGGAUGUGGUGGACGAACAUGCCAAGCUGAUAGCGAUGCGCAGAGGCAUGUAUGACCCAACCACGUACCAUGUUCAGUGGAAUAGCAUGGAGACCAUUGUCAGUGCGCAGCUGAAAGAUCACCGAUCUAUGAAUCCCUGUCCUGUUUAUGAUGAGGUCUCAGGGAAACUGAUCCUGUUCUUCAUAGCCGUCCCAGGAAAGAUCUCUGAGCAGCACCAGCUCAGGACAAAGAUCAACCUGGUGCGUCUCUGCUACAUCACUAGCAUGGACCAAGGACGCACCUGGAGCGCUGUCCAGGAUAUCACCGAGGGUACCAUUAGCUCCGAGUACAAGAACUGGGCCACUUUUGCAGUGGGGCCAGGCCAUGGAUUACAGCUGCUCAAUGAGGCCCGGAGCCUUGUGAUUCCUGCCUAUGCCUAUCGUAUCCUCGACCCUAAGCAACACCCCACCCCUCAUGCCUUCUGCUUCAUCAGCUCUGACCAUGGGAUGACAUGGGAGAUGGGGAACUUUGUGGGGAAGGAGAGCGCGGUGGAGUGCCAGGUAGCCGAGGUACACACCUGUGGCAGGAGGGUGCUCUACUGCAACGCAAGGAGCAGCAGGGGAGCAAGAAUCCAGGCAGUCAGCUACAACCACGGGGUGGACUUUGAGGGAGGCCAACGGGUUGAAAUGCUUGUAGAGCCUCCCUCUGGAUGUCAUGGAAGUGUUACUGCCUUCCCACCUCCCCCUGAUGCCAGGUGCCAAGAUAGUUGGUUGCUCUAUGCUCAUCCUACAGACCCAAAGGGUCGAAGAGAUUUAGGAAUUUACCUCAACAAAAGCCCUUUAAACCCAGCACACUGGACAAAGCCAAGCAUCCUCUUCAAGGGCUUGUGUGCUUAUUCAGAUCUGCAGUACAUGGGCGUUGGGCCGGAUGGCUCACCCUUGUUCUCCUGCCUUUUUGAAUAUGGGACCCAUCAACAAUGUGAAGAGAUAAUAUUUGUAAUGUUCACUUUGAAGCAAGCCUUCCCAUCUGAGUGCUGAGUCUUGAGCCUUUUCAUCGGGAUUCAUCUGAAAACCACCUUUGCUGGUGCUUCUUUUCACUGUCACUUCUCAUCUUUCAGCAAAAGGGUUUUUGUAUUCUUUGUGCACCAUCAGUUUGCCAUUGGCUUUUACCAUCUGUAGAUUACGAAAUCUAUUAAAC